AUGGCCACGGCAGCAGACUACGUUGGCAAGAACUGCCCCUACUGCGGGGCCGUCGAUAGUAUCGAGACGGACGAGGCACGCGGCGAGGCGGCCUGCGUUAACUGCGCCACUGUAGUGGCAAUGGGCCUCGAGGAGAGCGUGGCAACGCGCUUCGAGAAGGACGCAACGCACGCGGACGUCGACCGGGGCGGCGACGCCGACUGGGACGUGGAGAACGGCGGCGCCAUUGGCCGUGCGACGGCGAAGAAUGCAGGUUUAACCCGGGAAGAAGCGGCCGCAUGCGCGGCGGGCCUUUUGCGGUGUCCCAUGACUGCCGUGCAGGGCACCAACGCGGGUCCGUUCGGUGACACAGCCAAGUACGCGAAGACAAGGCUGCACCCCCGAAUGUCGGCACAACUGGAGGUUUUCUUUCGCCUCUCUCGCCGCUACGACGAGGCCAUCUUGCGCGACGCCAUUGCCUUGGCGAAGCACUUCGUUGGCUUUCGCCGAGAGCGUGGCGUGCGAGUCGAGCAUCAGACAGAGGUGGCAGCGGCGUCUCUGAUGCUGGCGUCCGAGCGCCUGGGGCAGCCUAUCCCGUUGAGCGAGAUGCGCGUGUUGGACGGGACACUCAAGGAUAUCGAGUCCCGGCGCCUGGAAAUCAUCGAUGCGACGAACCUGAGGGAGGAGAUGGCGCAGAUGGCAAAGAAGUACGUUCCGAAUCUAAUUCACUACUACGUGCAGCUGCUGCAGCUGCCCCUCAUCAACUACGAGAUGCCCUGCCUCGCGCUUUUCCACGCGAUACGUCAGUGCGAAAACAAGUCCGACCCCGGCGCGUCAGAGCUGGCGGUGUUCGUGGAAGCGGAGAAGGUGAUCAUGGCAGUGUUGCUGGCACGCACAGAGCCUCGGCUUCAGUGGCCAAACAAGCCACUGCCGCCCACCGACCCGAGUGCCGAGCCGUCACGGGCCACAUUGUACAGCAGCUUCGCGUCCAACGCGCAUCUGCAGCCGGUGCGCGUAGAGAAGCUAAUGCGAGUGGCUGAGCGUGCGGUGCCACUGAUCCAGCCCGAGUUCAACCGCCUGAUGCAAAUGCCACAGUUCACAACGGCUGCCGUACGCACAGUGGGUGAGGCCGUAGUGAACGCGUUCGUCAAAACGGAGGAGUACAAGUCCACCGCGUCAGUGAAGUCGGAGUCGAUGCCGGCAAGCGCGCCGUCGGCACCAAACAGCGCUGGGGCUGGUCGAAAACGCAAUCGCAGUUGCUCCCCUACUCCCCCUGCGCCACUGUCGCCGGCGCUGCAGGAUGGAUGA